AUGGCCGCCCGCCUGCUGCCCGUCGUCAAGUUCGUGCUCAAGGGGAGCCUGGCCGGAGCCGCCGUCUACAUGGCCUACGACCAGGGGCUGCUGGGCAGCGGGGCGCAAGGUGCCGAAGCCCUCCGGAAAGCCCAGGAAGCUCUUCCACCCGCCGUGCAGGAAUGGACGAGUUACGUGGGCUGGGAGCUUCCACCCACUCCAAAAUUUGACUUUUCUCCCUCUAACUCCUGGAAUAAAGGAGUGCAGACAGUCAUGUCUGCCCUGUCUGUAGCUCCCACCAAGGCCUGUGAAUACACCGUGGAAGGCUGGAAGUACGUGAAGGAGCUUCUCAAAUGAACAUUUUCCAGGUUUCACGGCUGUCCUCGUGCUCUCUUGCCUUGAGGAUGCUGCAUAGACUGUGAGAGGGCAGCUCGACCAUGCAAGGGCUACAAUAAAAGACUUUGGACCUUC